ACUAAUAUUUACUCUGUAUUCAUACACUCAACAACAUUUCAAUGGUGUUUCAAUCAAUAACAAUAUACGCUUUCUGAUAACAUUCAAUGUGACAUGUACGAUUAACAGUAGUAUGGCUUACAGCAGCCUGGUUUAGUUCAGUAGUCUAUAAUAUCACAGUUUGCAGUUUAGGACAUUGACAGCCGACAGUUGCUUCUCAGUAGGACCAAGGCAGAGCAGUUUAUUGUCCAAUUCACACGUAUAAAAAACGAACAAUACAGUUAAUUAAUAGUUAUCAUUAUAAAGGUUGCAAUCUAUUUGAAGAGCCAUGUGGAUGUACUCUUGUUAACCCCAAAGAGUUGGACAAAAUAACGCUUGCUUCACUUCCAAGAGUGAAUACAUGGACAUCAAAGCAUGGACAUCGAGACUGAUUCACAACCAAGGGAGCUCGACGGAUCAUCAUCCGCUGUUGAUUCACUGUGUGAUUGUCACCAAACAUCCUUAAUUUAGUUCGAUUAAGAUGUAAUGGUAUUCAACGAUAAAAGCAGAUUGAAGAAACACCAUCACUCAAAAACGAUUCAUUGACACUUUGAAUUCCUGGAGAACUUCUACUCGACAAGAGAAUGAAAUCUCAUAUCAUCACUUGUUACGUAUUGUCAUAGACCUAGAGUAGGCCUACUAAUGACAAACUAGACUUCCAAUAGUCCAUGUUAUUACAAUAUCUGAAGGUGUGGGGAAAAUAGAUUAAUAAUCUAGAAAAUCAAUUGUUCAGAAACACAGAAAUCCACUAUCUUAUUUCUUGUGUAAGCAUCUUAAGCCGAAAGCGCCGUAAAUGGGGAAUUAUCUGAACACUCCCAAUAAUGAUUAACAAUACUGCGCAAAAAGACCGUGACACGAUCUUCACCGAAGGUAGCUAUUACUGGAGAUAUGUUGAGUCUACUCCGAUCUUUGGAUGCAAAUGCGACUGCCGCUCAGAACGACCUCGUACGUCAACAAAAUGGCAAAGGACAACGCCUUGGUUAUAGACCAUCUUCCCGAACAAGUACAGCCAGCAAGAAAAGCAAUUCGUCAUCCAGAGGAGUUGAUGUAGCAUUUCGAAGAGUUAAGGUAGAAGAUGAUGACGAUGUGAUUGACUUAACUGAGAAACCUGAAAGGAAACUGUUAUAUUCAGGUCACCUGGGAAAGGAAUCACCAUUAUUAAGAAUCCCAAGUGAAGAGUCUAUUGCCACAGAACUGUCGCUUAUGUCAUUUUCAACCGCCAAUAGCAAAAUGGGUAGAAAAAAGAAAAUAAGAAGACGAGGAAAACGGAAAGAAGAUCCACCAAAGAAAGAGAUGAAGUGGGUUGAACUGGCAAAGAAAACGAGAAUGAAAGGUUUAUUGGAUAGAAUGAUUCAAAAGGAUAAAGCAGAGUUCAGUAAUUACAUCCACCAGGAUCAGGAAAUACCUGACAUGAUGGAAGAGGACGAGCGACAUUUACUACACUUAGUGAGACGUACACGUGGCUUAAAGGGGAACGUAAAAAGUGGCAGUACAUCAAAUAUAAGUAACAUACAUGAUAUACCAAAAAGGAUUCAAACAGCAUUGUCCCGUAAUGGGGGGAAUAUGUCUGGGAAAAGAAAAACUGAACGAAGUGUUUCAAUCAACCCACAACUUGAAGGAUUCCUUGCUAGUCCAAGAGCUUCUCCUCAUCUGAGACCAACGUCAGUUAACACAACACACCAACUUGGGACGCAGUCAAAAUCAAAGCGUCCAUUAUCACGUACCAGAAUGACAUUCAACCUGCCCGAUUAUGAUCGACCUUUGACGGAAAAGGUAAAAUACCGAAUUCGUGAGACGGUCCGUGCAUUAGAAAGAGUGACGGGGACUGGAGAUCCACCCACUGUAUGUAGGGGUUACUUCGAUCGAGAUGAGGCAUUCCCUUACAUAGAAAAUGACUUUACCCAAGUGCCACGUAUACCCCAAAAUGUACGAAUCGCUCCACAGUUGAGCAAAGUUAUCAAAGCUGAUAUAAAGCACAGAAUGGGAAGACCAAGGUAUCACGAAGUUCGCAAAGCAGAUUUAGCAGCAUUCGACAAAGCAAAAGAUCGUGGAAUUAGAAGCAAUAGGAACCUUAUGAUAUUUGAUUGGCUCAACUCUAUCAAUGAAGACUAUUACGAUCACGAGGCUAGUGUUGAAAGGAUUGCCCCUGUUAAUUCUAAAGAAGACUUACAAUACGACCCGCCAGACAUCAAAGAAGAGGUACCUCUCGGUGAAAAGUAUAGAUUCAUAAGAGAGUUAGAAAAACACAUUGAUUUGCCACUGCUUGAUAAUUUAGAUUAUGAUGACGGUAAUUCUGAGGACAGUGAGAAAAUUGAUAUAAAUAUGAUUGCUCAUCCCCAUUGAUAAAGUAUAGGCGAAUAAACGAAUUAUGAGAUACGUGAUGCAAAUUAUCGUUAACUAUCACAGUGUUAGUGUAGUGGUCGUAAAUAUGUACCAUUCAAGUACUGAUGCAAUGCGUCAUAAAAAAGUAUUACUUGGUUAAUCUAUCCUACUAUUCUUACAUUAGCUUUACGUCAGUCUAUGAAACUAUGUAGGUAUCCAGCCUAUUUUACGCUAAUUGGACUGUUUGCGCAAUAUGUGUACUGUGUCAUGUCAUAAUUAGUUGAUACGUCGUCAGAUACUGUACAUCACGUCGUAACAUUAAUCGCACUAUAAAACCCGGUUUUACGUCUUAAAUGAUAAUAGUACCGUAUGGUGAAUAUAAACGAAGCAUAAAAAUAACUUUUACGUAUGAUCCUGAAAUGUUCAGAGCUUAUACAGUUUUAUUUUUCCUUUUUAAAUAUUAAAUACUUCAUAUAAAAAUGCUAUAAUUCCUUGAGAUUAAUUAAAAGUUGAUGUACUGAUCGGGUUAAAUGAAACUUUCUAUUCCCAGGGAGCACUUGGGUUACACUUAUUUUCCCAAGAGGAUUCAUGCAUUUCUAUUUCUAUUGCUAUGUUUGAGCCUCAUCUUAAAUCAUAGGCGAUACCACAGAUUAAAUCAAAAUGAAACAUUAGACUCGGGUUGGGUGACAAACCGAUUCGAUGUACAUUGUGGAUAUUUAUGAAAAUGUGGGACGGCAUCAUUUUGUGACCAUC